AUGGUUUCCCUCGUACAUGGGGCGAGUGUCACAGUGAGUCGCAACAUUACGGUCAAGCCGACACCUGAGCCUCUUAUGGACCCCAGAACUCGUGUUGACAUCACCCUUGAAUGCAUCGGGAGCUCAUCCGAUCUCAGCUACUACAUCAAAAACAAUGUGAACUGGGAAUUCAAAGAUAGCAAUGGCGUAGUUCAUCCCAUCACAAAUUGGUUUUACCCACGUACUGGCAAUACUGCCCAGUACGCUGAUUCAAAUUUCAAGGCUGGUCGAUUUGAGUUCAAAUAUGAGGCAAACAAAGACACUGGAUUCUAUCAGUUUAUUCUUCUUAUUAAAGGUGUAAAAUACAGCGAUGAUGGAGAGUACACUUGUACCCUGAUAGCCGAGAACAAGACUGUGGCUGACAAGAAGACCGUCAAAGUCACUGUUGUCCAUCCUGUGGACUCAGUGAUGCUUACCUUGUAUGACUCCAUGAAUCAUAAAUAUAAAGACUCCAACGCUCCAGUGACUGACCCUACAGAGGCUGUUCAGAUCAAACCAGGCAGCUACAGGGUGGAGUGCCGAGCAAUAGGCAGCAACCCCGCACCAAAAGUUGAGAUCAAAUUUAACGGCACCAGUAUUGCUAUGUCCGAUUCAGGAGAUAAGUCACUUGUCAAUGGUCGCCCAUCAUAUUCUAGCACAGUUAAUGAGACUACAGAGGUUGCUGCAAAGGACAUGGAUCAGUUGUUCACAUGUGAUGCAAACAUUGCAGGAAAUCAUUAUGUAACAAAGGUGGCUUCCAUUAAAGUGAGGGCCAUGACCGUCAACGCUGGUGCCACCUUGCUAGCACCACUUACCUUCCUAGCAACCAUCGUCAUGGCAGCAGUAACCAAGCUGUUGUAACAAAUUAAUCGUCAAAAUCUAGCAGUGAGAAAUGAUUGACAAGAGUACGAAGAAAGGAAUAGCAAGAGUAGUUCUAUACGAGUAUGAUAACUUGAAAAAAAUAUCAAUUUCAAAAAAUAAUUUAGAAUCUUUCAUUAUUGAAUGGGAACUAUUUAAUGUUAUUGUCACACAAAUUUAGAAUUUAAACUUGAUUAUUGUUGUACCGGUAGUUUGUUUAA